GAGCACCCUGACCACAGGGCAGGCGCAGCAGAGCCCAGAGGGGCUGGGACACCGACCCCCCCACCACCACCACCAAGGUGGUCUGGGGACUGGGUCACAGGUGGAAUAGGAGGCCCACUUGCCUUGGGUCCGCCUCUCCUGCCCCUAACUCGGUUUCAAAAAACUGAAGAAACCCCUGGGUUGCUGAUAAAUAUUUGUCCACCACACGAAUGAGUGAAGGAGAGGGAGGGACCGUGUUGUGAAAGUUAUCCCCGGCCUCCCAGCCAGCCGACCACACCCCAGCUGACACUCGGGGAUAAAACUCUCUCCUUCCCAGAGUGUCGCCUCACGGGGCCACAGGGCUGCAAGCCACGGAGCCAUGCCCAGGUACACGGUGCACGUGCGCGGGGAAUGGCUGGCCGUGCCCUGCCGGGAUGGGCAGCUCACUGUGGGCUGGCUGGGCCGCGAGGCCGUGCGGCGCUACAUUAAGAACAAGCCAGACAAUGGCGGCUUUGCCUCUGCUGACGCCGUGUGCUUCCUGGUGCGCCGGUGCAAGGGCCUGGGGCUGUUGGACAAUGAGGACCCACUCGAGGUGGCCCUGGAGGACAACGAAUUUGUGGAAGUGGUCAUAGAAGGUGAUGCGAUGUCCCCCGACUUCAUUCCGUCUCAGCCAGAAGGAGUUUAUCUAUACAGCAAGUACCGGGAGCCAGAGAAGUACAUCGCCUUAGAUGGGGACAGUCUGACCACAGAGGAUCUGGUGAACUUGGGAAAGGGACAUUACAAAAUAAAGCUCACCCCAAUUGCUGAAAAGAAGGUGCAAAAAUCCAGGGAAGUCAUAGACAGCAUCAUCAAAGAAAAAACAGUUGUUUACGGAAUUACUACAGGUUUUGGGAAGUUCGCCAGGACUGUCAUUCCCAUCAGUAAGCUGGAGGAGCUUCAGGUCAACUUAGUGCGUUCACACUCUUCAGGUGUUGGGAAACCCCUAAGUCCUGAGAGGUGUCGGAUGCUCUUGGCUUUGAGGAUCAAUGUCUUAGCCAAAGGAUACAGUGGCAUUUCCCUGGAGACACUCAAGCAAGUUAUCGAAGUAUUUAAUGCCUCCUGCCUGCCUUACGUCCCAGAGAAAGGAACCGUUGGCGCCAGUGGAGACUUGGCCCCACUCUCUCAUCUGGCUCUCGGCCUAAUUGGAGAAGGGAAGAUGUGGUCUCCAAAGAGUGGCUGGGCUGAUGCUAAAUAUGUUCUGGAAGCCCACGGAUUGAAACCAGUGGUUUUGAAACCAAAAGAGGGCCUGGCACUCAUCAAUGGGACACAGAUGAUCACCUCCCUGGGCUGCGAGGCUGUAGAGAGAGCCAGUGCCAUCGCCCGCCAGGCAGACAUCGUCGCCGCCCUGACCCUCGAGGUGCUAAAGGGCACCACCAAGGCCUUCGAUACAGACAUUCAUGCUGUCCGCCCACAUCGUGGACAAAUUGAAGUUGCUUUUCGUUUUCGGUCACUCUUGGACUCCGACCAUCACCCAUCAGAAAUAGCAGAGAGUCACAGGUUCUGUGACCGGGUACAGGAUGCAUAUACCUUGCGCUGCUGUCCACAGAUCCACGGGGUGGCAAAUGACACAAUAGCAUUUGUGAAGAACAUCAUCACCACAGAACUGAACAGUGCAACAGAUAAUCCUAUGGUCUUUGCCAGUAGAGGAGAGACAAUCUCUGGAGGAAACUUCCACGGUGAAUACCCAGCCAAAGCCCUGGACUAUUUGGCCAUUGGUGUCCAUGAACUUGCUGCCAUUAGUGAAAGAAGAAUUGAAAGGCUUUGUAACCCCUCCCUCAGCGAGCUGCCUGCCUUCCUGGUGUCUGAAGGUGGUCUGAACUCGGGAUUCAUGAUAGCCCACUGCACAGCUGCAGCCCUUGUUUCAGAGAACAAGGCUCUGUGCCACCCCUCGUCUGUGGACUCUCUCUCCACCAGCGCUGCCACGGAGGACCACGUCUCCAUGGGCGGGUGGGCAGCGAGGAAGGCCCUCAGGGUCGUCGAACACGUGGAGCAAGUGCUGGCCAUCGAGCUUCUGGCAGCCUGCCAGGGCAUAGAGUUUCUACGCCCCCUGAGGACAACCACUCCACUAGAGAAGGUCUACGACCUGGUGCGCUCUGUUGUAAGGCCCUGGAUAAAAGAUCGCUUCAUGGCCCCAGACAUCGAGGCAGCUCAUAGGCUGCUCCUUGAGCAGAAGGUUUGGGAAGUAGCUGCCCCCUACAUUGAAAAAUACAGAAUGGAGCAUAUUCCAGAAUCAAGACCUGUUUCCCCAACAGCCUUCUCCCUGCAGUCUCUACACAAGAAGGCCACCAAGAUCGCCGAGUCUGAGGAUCUUUAGUGGGCUUUCUCAUGGAUCGGCACAUCAGCUAGCUUAGUUGAACACAAAGCAGUGCUGUGCUGAGAGAAGAGAAGCGGGAGCUUCCCUGGUCGAUCAGCCCAUCCUACCAGCAAAGUUUAGUUCCUCGGAAACUUACUUGGGUUAUGCUGGUGGCAGAAUGACAGUUGCUAACUUCAGCACUGUGUUCCUGUACGUCAGAUGUUUUCAAAUUGUAAGAAUUUCCUUUUUGUCUUAACAGUAUCAACAGUUAUACUCACUCUUAAAGGAGAAUAACUACAAUUGCAUUGGCCUAUUUUUUACUGUUAGCAAUAGAUGAUCCUAAAAUUGGAAACAGAUUGACGCUAUCCUUUCCUAAAAAGAAGUUAGCCUUCUGUAACCUUUAUUUUCUAUUUGCUUUAACAAGCUCUGCUCUAGUUGACUUUCUUUAGCUGAUUAUACUAUGCUAUGCUGACAAAUAUCCCUUAAUAUGCCUUCAUAAAUAACCAUUUGAAGUGAUAA